AUGGCUGCCUCAACUAACGUCCCAACCUUGCAGAAUACUUCGGAUCAUGACUUGACAGGUGUUGUCUUUGGAUUCACGCUAGGAUUCGGUUUUUUUGUAAUUUGCCAUGCGGUCAAGCGGACAAGGAAGAUAUGCGCCUUCACAAUAAUGACAUGGUUGACGAUUCUGGUUACUUCGAUAUCUUCUUGGAUGGUGUUUUUCAACUUAGAAAACGUCGUACAUCGCCCUUUGGCUUACUAUGUCGUGUUAUCAAUUUUAUGGUCCAUCCAGUCACAAUGCGUUUUGCAAAUUAUUGUGAACCGUGUCGUACUGAUAUGGUCGAAUCCGGUCCACAUUCGUUGGUUGCGAUGGGGUGUUUUCAUCUGGGCUACACUUAUCAAUCUCAGCGCUAUUCCUGUCCGCAUUCAGAUCUCCGCUGCAUACACGAAGUUUGAGACAUUUUGGGAGCCUUGCGAGAAGACACUUUGCUUGCUAACAGAUGCUUUCCUCAACGUUACUUUUAUUUUCUCCGUCAGAAGAACAUUGAUAUCCAACGGCUUAACAAAAUAUAACGAAUUGGUGAAGUUUAAUGUUCUAGUAAUUGGUUUGUCGAUUGCACUUGACCUUGGAAUUGUUAGCUCAAUGUUCAUGCACGGCAGUUUACCUUACGAAUCGCUCAACUCUCUUUCAGGAUUCGUCAAACUCAAAACUGAACUACUCAUGAGUGAACUAAUCGUAAAAGUGAUGCAAUCCGAAAACAUGAUGAAAAUGAUGACGCAAAGCAAUAUUGGCAGUGAUAGAUCAGAUGCUCUGAUAGGCAAUGGCACUUCGGCUUCCUCCAUCUACCGGAAAGGAAACAACUUCAGUAACCAAGAAGAGAAAUCACAAGGAGCGCGGGACCGAAAGUUUUCACCUUCACCUAGCUCACGUCCACAACUACGCAUGUCGUCAACCGCGCCCCCGGGUGGGUUUUACCAGGCAGGAUUAAGUUCAUUUGCUGAUCUAGAAUUGGGACAUUCCUCAAGCGUUGAUUUACACUCGCCUUGCUGUACCUCCCGGAGUAAACCGCUUUCAAUCAACGGAGGAUGGGAAACACUGUCCCCUACUGCUUCUCUCGACAUGCGCAGAAGCAACGAACUUUUAAUUCCUGUUAAAUCUUAA